UUCACUCCUUCAAGUUUCUUAUAUUGCCUUUUGCAGUGUUUUCUUGUUUGUACUGUUCGUUCUUUUGCUUUCUUUUCUCUCUUUCUGGGAAAGAUGAAGACUUCCACCCUUUGCACCAUUGCCUUCUCAGCCACGGCCCUGGCAGUUCCGGUGUCUGUGACUACCGGUGAUCAUGGCCACGUCGACCCGGUGCCUGCCCUUGCCCCAGACGCCGAGGCGCAUGCUCGCCUGCAGUCUCGCACCUUUUUCCCCAUGGGUAGCCUGUGCCCCCCAUGUGGUGAGGAAGGAGCCAGUCUGAAGGCUCGCACCUUUCUCCCUCUAAUUCAGGGAUUGAUCGAGCACAAGAUGAACAAGUUCGGCCUCUGCUCGCCGUGUGAUACCAACAACAACAACAAUGACAAUUCCAACACCAACGACAAUUCCAAUUCCAACACCAAUACCAAUAACAAUACUAAUAACAAUAACAAUUCAAACACCAAUAACAAUUCCAACACAAACACGGUGACCAACAACAUUAAUGGCGGCACGCCUCCGACUGGUGGUAUGCCUCCAACUGGCGGUAUGCCUCCCACUGGCGGUACUCCUCCUACUGGCGGCACCCCUCCCACUGGCAGUAAUACGGCUUGCGAGGAAGGCGACAGUACCUGCAUCCCUCCAACCGGUGGCACUCCCCCUACUGGCGGCAACCCUCCCACUGGCGGUAACCCUCCUACUGGAAGUACUCCUCCUACUGGUGGCAAUCCCCCUACUAGCGGCACUCCUCCCACUGGCAAUACAGCUUGUGAGGAAGGUGACAGUACCUGCACCCCUCCCACUGGUGGCAACCCUCCCACUGAUGGCAACCCUCCUACUGGCGGUAUGCCUCCGGCUGGUGGCAAUCCCCCUGCUGGCGGUAACCCUCCAACCGGUGGAAACACUUCUGGCCACAAUACGGGAACACACAACGGAGGCAAUACCUCUUCUAGCUCCUCUAGCUCUUCCAGCUCUUCUUCCUCGAGCAGCUCUUCGUCUUCUACGACUGGCGGAAGUCCCGACUGCGCUGCAUGUGCACCUCCCCCUCCCGAGGACUGCGAAGAGUACUAAGCGGGCUUCUUCCUGGAUAGGUGACGGUGCCAAAGCUGAGAACAAACUUCUUUCCAGAAUGUCCUGUCUUUC